AUGAUAGCAGCUAUAGUUUUGAGAGUGCUACACUAUAUUUUAACACUUGGACUGAUUUUACGUAACUUUUUAUACCAUAUUCCUAAUGCAUACCUCUCAUUUUAUAAGAAAAAUAGUGUGAUCAGUAUAAGAAAUGAUGCAAAACAUUUGAAGAAGCUGCCAAUGCAUCUUGGAUUUGUUAUAGUUGAAAAUGACUACACAUUUAGAGAUAUUGCUAAUUUAAUUGUGUGGUCUGUAGCAAUGGGAAUCUCUUACAUCAGUGUUUAUGAUAUAAACGGUGAUAUAAAGAGAAAUAGCUUCUUACUUCAAAAGGAAAUAAAAAGAAGUAAACAAGAAACUUUUGCAUCAGAAGAUUCUAAGUUUGAAAUAAGCCUAUCACUAAGUGAAUCAAAAGAGAUGCAAAGUAGUUUUAAACAACCUCAAGUACAUUUACUAGCUGCUGAUGAUGGGCGUUUAAAUUUAGUUAAAACAGCACAAAAUUAUUGUCAGUUGGUUAAAACAAACCAGUAUCAGUUAGAGGAUAUUGUGCCAAAUAAUGUAGAUAGUCAUUUACAAAAAUUAUUUAAAUUACCUGACCCAGAUUUAGUUAUACUAUUAGGACAUAUAAACAGUCUUUUAGGUUUUAUGCCAUGGCAAGUUAGAUUAUCAGAAAUUUUAAAUCUUCCAUUAAAUAAAGGUGUGAAUUAUAAAUCGUUUUUGUCCCUAAUUUAUACGUAUGGUAAAACUAUUCAAAGAUUUGGUACAUAA